AUGUCAAGUGAAAUGACCAACUCUUCUAUUUUAACGAGUGAUUUGGCUAGUCAUAAUAUAGAUACUGCAGAAUUGGUAUUUCAAGCAUUUGGAAAGUCAUGGGACUCUUUUUUCAAAUUUAACAAUGACCAUCUUAUUCCAUUCUCCAGACCAUCGUCAAUUGGAAAUAAUCUUUUCAAACUUGUGGCUGAAAAGAGUACUCUUUCAAACAAUUGUAUAUUGGAAAUCAUUGUGUCAACUGGAAACUUUAAAUUAUUUGAUUACUUUUUAAAUUUAACCAAGCGGGAAUCCCUCUUGGUUUUUGGUCUUGAUCAACAAGAACCAAAAAGGAUUUUAACCACUCCUAAAUCAAUUCCCAUUCUUACUUUUGUUGCAACCAAUCAAGUUGAAAGAUUAGAAUCAUUCAUAUCAAGAUUGAAGCCACUACCAAAAGCCAUGGUAAUCGCAUCGGUGUGUAUUAAAUAUGGCAAGUUGGAUAUAAUCAAUAGAAUAUGUCCAAAAGAUGUGAUGAACAAUUCAAUUGAUGAACUCUUUAAUGUCAGCCUAGGGUCCUCCCAACUACCAAUGCUUUGUCUUUUACUCGAAAAUUUGGCUUCCCAACCCACUAGUUUCCUUCAUCUUAUUGGAAUGGCUGGUAUUGGUAAGGCUUGUUCAUUUGGAAGAGGUGAAAUGGUAAGGUAUCUGGUUAAAAUACAAGACGACAAGGGAUGGGAUAGUAAACCAGCAGAUGAUCAUUCGAUAUGGAAUAAUAUUAAAUUUAUUGCACUUGACAAACAACAUAUUAAUAUUCUUGUGGCUUUACAAUCCAAACUCCCUAAAAGUCUAAUUGAUGCAUUUAAAAUAUCCAAUUUACCUCUUUUAAGAGGGUUCAUAUCAACUAUAACAAAGAAAAAAUAA